UUUAAACAACUGCAUUGAGAAAAAAAGUUGAGUAUAGAUGAACUAACGGUUCUUAUCAAUUUUAGAAAAAGAAAAUACUGCUUCAAUACAGUGGAGUAGAGCCUAUAUGUUAUUAGUUUUGAAAAAAAAAACCACUUAACCAGUAUCAAUUUUGAGGAACAAAAAAAGUUAUCAUCAUUUUUUCUAAAAAGUGUCACCAAUUAAAGCCUAAGAAUAUUCACUACCCCUUCCAUUUCAAAAUAAUUAAUGUUUAAAGUUUUUGCAAAACAAAUUAAAGAAUUACCAUCUUUUAUUCAGUUUACCUGUUUGGCAAAACACAAAUAGCAAUAAUUAUAGUUAAUCACUCAAUUAAAAAAUCAUUAAUAUAAAUGGUCACAAACACCAAAUAGCAUAUAAUUUUUGUAUAAAAAUUGAAAAUACCAUUUAAAUUGAAAUAAAAGAAAAUCCUAAAACAUCAUCUAUAAGAAAGGGAGUAAUAUAUGUUCAAAAAAAUUGACCAAACCAAUCCGUCGUGGGCUUUUUAGGUUAAAGCCCAAUUAAUCAGCUAAAAACAACCCCAGUCCUGAGUGGACUCUGAAUCUGACAAAACUUCAAACAAUUAUUUUAGUUCAAACAAUCAAUUCUCUAAGAUGCUGCAUAAGAGCGCAGUUGAGAAGUUCUUGGACUCCGAGAACCAACGACUCAGAUUACGUGUGGUACUUCUUUCUUUUAAGUGCUUUUUGCUUUGUGAAUUUGGAGAAUGAUAUGUUCUCGUAUAGUGUUUUGAAUCUGAUGCGUAGUGUCAAGGCUUCCAAGCAAAUCACAUGAUUAAACUCUUCAACAGCUGUUACCAAACAAACCAACACCAUUGUAGAACCAAAACCAAUCACUAAGCCUUCAAGACAAGCCACUUUUAUCUUCCACAAGACAUCUUCCUUUACCACCCGUUCAUCCUUGGUGGGAAAGUCAGUUUCUACUGCUGCUAAGUCUACAUCUUUAAAAAUACAUGACAUACCGGCUAGACCAGUCUCAGCUUCAAGAAGCAGAGGCUACAGUUCCGGUGACAGAUCAGCGGGACAGACAGUCCAAGAUUAGCAAUGAUGGUAAUCCUGUGUUGAUGGGGACACAAAUGGUGGAAAGAGUUGUGAACAUGAGGAAACUUCCACCUCCAAAACAAGUCGAUAACAUGAGCUCAGGCUUCGAGAGAACUCUCUCUAGGUCGUCUCUCGACAUGGCCUUGAGACACGUAGUACAGAUUCUAGUUCCUUUUAGUUGUAACUUCUUGUUGAUUUCUCAACAUAAGGCAUAGAAGUUCAGAGAAUCUGAGGGUAACAAGUAAUGCUCUAACAAACUCUAUGGAGAAGAACGAGUCAUCUUCUUGAUAACCAUAACAUAUACUAUGCUUUCCAAUUAAUGAAAUCUCUGUUAACUUUGCUGCAACACUUUUCUUUAGCACAAAUCCAUUAGUAAUCAUUAAAGAGUUGACAAAAAAAAUCAACUAAAUCAUUAAAUAGUUUGGCAACAAAAAUAAUCAGUAAGAAUCAUUAAAGAGUUUGGCAAAAUUAUUUAAUUAGAAUCACUAAUUAAUAAUUUGCUUAUUUAUAAGUUUAAGUGGCUUAGUUUUUUGAACAAUAUGGCAUUGAAAAGGCCGAAAAUAGCAUUUAUGAAAAAAAUGAAAAUGCACGUAAAACUAUGUACAUGUUUAUGCUGAUGAAUAAUUUUAUAGAUGUCUAAUAAUUGUAACAUUAUAAAACCAAUUUUUAGAAUUGUCUUACUACUAAAAAAUCUUCAACAUGAAAUUCCUACAAGUUAGUGGUACGCACAUCUUCUGCAUAAUCCCACAAGCUGAAUCAUAUGUUAUCUUUAUGACAACCAAACUCCCACAUAAGAUUGACCUACCAACAUUAUAAAAAUGUAGAUUUAUUUCAUAUUUGUAUAGUUAGUUUUGUUUAAAGCCAUCAAACCAUGAAUAGCCUGUAGAAAAUAGGAAAGAUGAAUUCUACCUCUCACCAAAACACCUUUAAACACAUUUGAAUAUUAUUAUAACUCUUAAAACUUAUCAUCUUUUGUGAGGUUUUUGACUUUCCCUCUCUGUUCUAAGGCAUUCUUGUAACAAUGGAGAAGGACAACAUCAACAAGAAGAGCCUCUCUGAACAACUCAAGCACAUGAAUUCCCCGGUCUUCUCUACCGCCAUUUUCGCCUUCAUAAUGCUGCUUGUUGUGGUGGGAACAAUGCUCUCAAACAUGUCUCUAGAGUCAACUUUCUUCUGGACUUCACCGACCUCUGAGGUAAUCACAAUGGAGAGAAAGCCAUUGGCUCCUCCCAAGAACAGUACAAGCAGAUACAGGAUGGCUUGGCUUCGAUCACAUCUCGAAGAAUUCGAGGUUUUCAAGUCAACUAACCUUUCAGAGCAGUUUCAUCAAAGGGUUCUUGAGUCAUUCAACGAUGAAUGUGAGGUUAGAUUCUUCAUGACAUGGUUUUCACCAGCAGAGUAUUUCGGGAAGAGAGAGCUUCUAGCUGUAGAGAGCGUCUUUAAAUCUCAUCCUCAAGGCUGCUUGAUGAUUGUUUCAGGAUCCAUGGACUCUCCACAAGGAGAUGCCAUCCUUAAACCGCUACGUGAUAUUGGCUACAACGUGUUUGCAGCCACGCCAGACGUUGCAACGCUGCUAGAGAACACACCAGCCAAAACUUGGUUUCAAGAAAUGAAAAGCUGCAAAAGAGAUCCAGGGAGGAUACCGUUAUCUCAGAACCUUUCAAACCUUGCAAGGCUAGCGAUUCUAUACAAGUACGGAGGUGUGUACCUGGACACAGACUUCAUCGUCACUAGAAGCUUUAUAGGGCUGAAAAACUCAAUAGGAGCGCAAACAGUGGUGGAAGGAGACUCAAAGAACUGGACAAGGCUGAACAAUGCGGUUCUGAUCUUUGAGAAAGAACACCCUCUUGUUUACAGUUUCAUGGAAGAGUUUGCUACAACUUUUGAUGGGAACAGAUGGGGAUACAAUGGUCCUUACUUGGUAAGCAGGGUAGCGAAGAGAGCACAAGAGACGAAUGGUAACAGUUUCACAGUAUUGCCACCAGUAGCAUUCUAUCCAUUCAAUUGGAUAGACAUUCAAAGACUGUUUCAGACGCCAAGGAACAGUACUGACUCAAAAUUACUCAAAGCAAAUCUGAUCAAGCUGAACCAGAAAAGCUAUGGGCUGCAUCUUUGGAACAAGAUCACCAAAAAUCUUAAGAUCGAAAAAGGCAGUGCUAUAGACAUCAUAGUUUCAGAUCAUUGUGUUGCUUGCAGAGGAAUUCAAAGAUGAAGAGAAUCAAAAUCUGUGUCUAGGAGUCUCAACUCUAAUCUUGACUGUCAAUUUUGGGUAAGAUUGUGUCCUAAACCCUAAAUGGUAAACACUUUUUCACUUCAUAGUCAAAUACAUGAUGUUUGAUAUCUUACACUCAACUGUCUUGUGACACACGUAUCAGAAUUCAGAAGCUCAAAACUCCAUACUGCACUCCUCUGUCUUGAUGCCCAUAUAUGUGUUG